UGUUUUUCUUGCAAGCUGGUUCUAGAUAAAUUUUGUAUUCCAUUUAAAUAGUGCUAGAAAUAACUAAUGGGAUUGAUCGAAAGUAAAUUUUCGUGUUCUCUUAAGCAUUUAUCAAGAAAAAAAAUUGGAAGUUAAUUGUUUUAAGACUGGAGCAAUUUUUAAAACUUUAGAUGUCUCUCAAAUAAUUGGAAAAUAAAAUGUGAAAUCUUUCUGUUAGACCUCUGGGUAUUAAAAAAAUAUUGUUUAUCUGCAAAACUAAAUGAAGCUCGUUCUGUUACAAACUUAUCCGCACGAUCCGUGUUUUAUUAUUUUAUUGCAUUGAAAAUGUAAUCCUAUGGAAGUUAUAGUAAGCUUCAUAGCUCAUAGUUUUGCUGCUAUCUUCUCUGAAUUUCUGUGCUCAAGAUUGUCAUCCAUGCACAAUUCUUGCUUGAAUUUUGUGGAGCACUGGUUUGGUCGAGACCGAAAGUUACUUGCAAAGAACAAAUCAAAUGAGGAUCAGAACAUUUAUCACGAAAAGCAGGUGAAAGAACUGUGUGCUCUCCAUGCCUUAAAUAAUUUAUUUCAAGAUAAAAAUGCAUUUAACAAACAAAUGCUUGAUGAUAUAUGCCACAGUCUUUCUCCGGAUAAUUUGGUGAAUCCACAUAAAAGUAUGCUUGGUCUAGGCAAUUAUGAUGUCAAUGUUCUUAUGGCUGCAUUACAACUAAGAGGUUAUGAAGCCUUGUGGUUCGAUAAGAGGAAAGAUCCAAGUAACAUUGACUUCAGCAAGAUUGUUGGCUUAAUACUAAAUGUGCCAAGUGAAAUGAAAUUUCUUCCUCUUAGACUGAAUCGAAAGCAUUGGAUUGCAGUCAGGGAGAUAGGUGGCACCUUUUAUAACUUGGAUUCAAAAUUUGAUAAUCCAGUUUCAAUUGGUAAAACCAAUGAUCUUGUUAGUUAUUUGAAAGAACAAAUUCAAGGAAAGGAUCGAGAGAUAUUUCUUGUUGUUUCCCAAGAGUUAGAUAGAAAUUCUCUUUGGAAAAAAGAAGUGAGGAAAAAUGACGCUUACAGUAUUCCUCCUGCAAAUUCUACAAUUAACCGCCAAUCUACUAACAGUACUGUUGCUGUCAUUCAUUUAAACUCUGAAAGUGACAGAAAUGUUUUUCAACACGUUGAUUCUUAUAAAAAUAGUGAAUAUGUUGGUUAAAAUAAAAUAACAUUACCUAAUCUAAAUAUUUUUAAUGUCUAAGCAUUUGCUUCUAAUAUCAGUAAUUAUGAUUAAAAAUAUUGAAAUUAAAGUUUAUUGCAAAAAAAAUAGAUUGUCAAUCAUUUAGUAAAAGAGCAAUAGUAAGUUCAUAAACAUCAACAUGCCUUCAUGUUUGCGACUAUUUUCUCCGUCCUUGUGAAAUGCUAUUAACUGCUGUUAAUUGAAACAUGAUGUCUGUAAGUUGUUAGAGCCAUUGAAGCGUAAGAAAUUAAUAAGGUUUUUUUUUUUUU